AUGUCUCCAGCGGACAAGAUUCACAGCGCUGACCAACUUGACGAUUUUAUCUCGGCGGCAAUUCCAGAAGAUGGUCCGGAACUCAAGGAACUGAUCUCGAAAUGGAUGAUCCAUAACCCGUGUGGUGAUAUGAACUCAAGCGCUCCGUGCAUGGUCAGCAAACAUGGAAGAGACCAGUGCAGAUGGGGAUUUCCAGUGGAACAUCAAGACAUGACAUCGCUGGUGGACGAUGAAAAGCCGAGGUAUCGCCGACGCUACAAUCCGUUGUUGGAUCCAAUGAACCCAGAAUUUUUGCAUGAGCAAGCCAUCUACAGGAAAGACUGCAACGGCCAGCGCGUCACCACAGACAACCGCCACGUCGUUCCAUACAUCGCCUACCUGCUCAAGAAGUAUCAAUGCCACAUCAAUGUCGAAUUCACGAUCAUCUACAACGAGGCGGAGAAGUACGUAGAAGCUCGCUAUAUCUCACCAGUUGAAGCAUGUUGGCGCCUAUUCAAGGAUUUCGAGAUCCAAGCGAAAAGCCACACCGUCGUUCGACUUGACAUUCACCUACCCGGACAAGAUGGCGUUAACUUGGACCAAACGCCUGUUGACCUUGCCGAUAUUGGACAGAAGGGAUCGACCUUAAGGGCUUACUUCCGCCAUAACACCGCGCUGAAAGAAGACGAAGCGAACGGAAAGGCAGUCACCUACCACUAUUACCAUGAAAUGCCGGAGCACUACCGAUGGAUUCGCCAGACGAGCACUUGGCAGAAGAACGUGAAUGCUUGCAGCAGAAUUGGUCGCGUACAUCCAGUCAACUUCGUUUCCCAGCCAGAACUUUUCUUCAUGCGCACGCUUUUGUUCCACGUCAAAGAACCAACGAGCUUCAGAGACCUCUACACUGUCGACGGUGUCCAGCACGCAACCUACAAGCAAGCCUGUCUAGCCAGAGGCCUCACAUACGACGACCAACAGUACGUAGAAGGACUCCGCGAAUCUGCUUCAUCGAAAAUGCCAAGUGUUAUGCGCAUACUCUUGGCUCAAAUCCUGAUACCUGGUGCGCCAGAAAACCCGAAGAGAUUAUGGGAAAUGUUCAAAGAGGACCUCGCGGAAGAUUUCAUUCGAGAAGCAAGACGCACUGGUGGUUCCAUAGAAGAAGCGAUAAAGCGUGCCUACCGAAUCAUCGCGCAUAAGCUGGACACCGAAGCUACCGAAGGCCGCAACUUCCGAUACUGGGUUCAGACACAUGGCAUGGAAGACAUCGACAACUAUGAGCAAGAUUUGGAACACGAUAUGAUCGACGUCGACGAAUCAACAGCAAUCGGAGACCGCAUGUACCAGCAACUCAACGAAAAGCAGCGUGAAAUCGUCGACACCAUAAUCCAAGCACUUGAAGACCCAACUCCUGCUGCGAAAUGCUUCUUCAUAGAUGAACUAGGAGAAACCGGGAAGACAUUCGUCUACAGCACGCUGUAUCGCAUCGUUACCGGAAGGCUUAAGAAAGUGAAAUGCAUGGCUUACACCGGGAUAGCAGCGAUUCUUCUACCGAGUGGUCAAACAACGCACCGAACCUUUGGCUUGAAAGUCCCGCUUACAUCCGACUCAAGAUCAUCCAUCAAACCAGGAUCACCGAAGGCGAACGCACUCAAAGGAGCCCACAUGUGUCUGAUGGACGAAGCUCCGAUGAUGUCAAAAUACGGCUUGCACAACAUCGACGAACUCCUACGCGCGAUUUGCAACAACAUUCCGUUUGGAGGCAAAGUCAUGGUGCUUGGUGGCGACUUCCGACAGUGCUGUCCAGUUCAACAACGUGCCAACAAAAGCGAAAUACUCGACCUUUUGAUCAAGAGAAGCCAUCUGUGGCAACACUUCAAGACUUAUUCGCUCGAAAAGAACAUGCGCGUUGAUCCCGAAGAAGAAGAAUUCGCGAAAUACCUGCUAAAGCUCGGCGACGGGGAACUCGAAGUGAAUGAACUCGGCGAAAUAGAAGUCCCAGAAGAAAUUCGCUCUGGUGGUAACCUCAUCGAUGAAAUCUUCGGACCAUGCCUCAGAAGUGGGAACUACGAAGCAAUGAAGAAUCGCGCUAUUCUUGCACCAUUGAACGACGAUAAGGACAAGAUCAACGAGCAGAUUAUCGCUAUGCUUCCAGGCGAAGAGAAGACAUACACAAGUUUCGACUCGGUAAAGGAUCAACAUGAAGGGGGAAUUCAAUUCGCGCCUGAAUUCCUGAACUCGAUCAACAUCGCCGACUUGCCUCCACACAAUCUGAAGCUCAAGAAGAACGCCAUCAUCAUGCUUCUCCGAAACUUGGACGUCUCUGAAGGAAUGUGCAACGGAACACGAUUGAUUGUCACCGAACUUUGCAACAACAUCAUCAAGGCUAAGAUCAUCACCGGUGAACACGCAGGCCGACAAGUACACCUUCCAAGGAUCACGCUCGACUCCAGCAAAUCACAGCUUGGCGCAACUAUGCAACGGCACCAAUUCCCAGUUACUCCAGCAUUCGCCAUUACGAUACACAAGUCACAAGGCCAAACAUUCGAAUUCGUCGGCGUGCUUCUCCUCACGACGGUCUUCGUGCACGGAAUGCUCUACGUCGCGUUUUCAAGAGUCAAGCGUCAAAGUGCGUUGAAGGUCCUGCUGCCUCCUGAGAAUCCAACCCACACCCGAAACGUCGUAUGGAAGGAAGUCCUGAACAAGAGAAACUCACCAGCCGCACCUGCCUCUCCGACAAGAAACUACCUGGACAACAUGGAAGACUUCGCAAUCGAUGAUUAA